AUAAAAGGGAAAUGCUUUGAGUACAUUUUAAACAAAGCCAGCCUGAAAUAAGGAUAUUUUGUGAAGAAUUCUAAUUAUUUGUACAUACCACCGUUUUACAACUAACAUGAUAUAUUCCCUCCAAAUUGCAGAACUAGAAUAGAACUCCAGACUGGAAAAAAACGAAAAAAGGGGCAUUUUAGGAACUCGGGUUUUGACUAACCAAUACCGCCCAAAUGAUUUUACUCGUUUUUUCUAACUACCUUCCGCUUAUUCUGCGAUGCUUGCACAAAGCAAACAGAAGUGACUUGCUUUAGCUCUCACGCUUUUCUCAAAACUGUCUUUUCCUCACUUGCUUUUCAAAACUGCACAGUCGUCCGCCAGCUUUCUCAAGCCGUUUUUUUAAUACUUUCCUGCCCUUCUCUAUUUAUGAAAACGUCACUUCAAGUCCCUCCCUGUUUGAAUCUCAUUAGUUUCUUGUGUGUUUCUCCCUGUCAAUAAUCCCGAAUCCAGACUCUCUCUAUUUCCAUCCCUCUCUAUCUGUCAAUCAGCGCCGCCUUUGAACUGAAAACCACUCCGACCAACUUCAACUCACUCAAUCCGAGCGGCUCAGCUCCAUCUCCGGCUUCUUUUUCUGCCAAGAUUCCCCUCUUUUUAGUUUGUACAAACCGCCAGUCCUUGGAAAACGCUAAUACAGACCCUAAAGUUUAGCUCGGAUUCGGAAGCACAGAGAUCAAGGGUUUAAAAAACUUUGUUUUUUGCCCCCAAAAUUGCUCGGGAAAAUGCCGCAGCUUAACGGCGGUGGAGGGGACGACCUGGGGGCGAACGAUGAAAUGAUCUCCUUCAAAGACGAAGGGGAACAGGAGGAAAAAAUUUCGGACAACUCUUCAGCAGAAAGGGAUUUAGCAGAUGUCAAAUCUUCUCUUGUAAACGAAUCAGAAACUAAUCAAAACAGCUCGUCAGAUUCAGAGGCGGAAAGACGGCCUCCGCCUAGAUCAGAAACUUUCAGAGACAAAUCAAGAGAAAGUCUAGAGGAGGCUGCGAAAAGGCAAGAUGGAGGUUUGUUUAAGAGCCCACCAUACCCGGGUUAUCCAUUUAUAAUGAUCCCCGAUCUUACGAGUCCGUAUCUUCCAAAUGGAUCGCUUUCACCAACUGCACGAACAUACCUCCAGAUGAAAUGGCCCUUACUUGAUGUACAAGCAGGAGGCCUACAAAGUAGGCAAGCACUUAAAGAUGCCAGGUCCCCAUCUCCAGCACACAUCGUUGGACCCCUCUGCUUGGAAUUCCCCGGACAGGGAGAUCUGAGUCUUCACCAAUUUCAGUUGUCUAACAAAGUGCCCGUAGUGCAGCACCCUCAUCAUGUGCAUCCGCUCACGCCCCUGAUCACGUACAGCAAUGAACACUUUACGCCAGGGAACCCUCCUCCCCACUUACAGACCGACGUGGAUCCCAAAACAGGAAUCCCAAGGCCUCCACAUCCUCCAGAUAUAUCUCCAUACUAUCCUUUGUCGCCGGGCACAGUAGGCCAAAUCCCCCAUCCGCUAGGAUGGUUAGUACCACAGCAAGGUCAACCGGUGUACCCAAUCACAACGGGAGGAUUUCGGCACCCCUACCCCACUGCGCUCACUGUCAACGCGUCCAUGUCAAGUUUUCUCUCCUCCAGGUUUCCCCCACACAUGGUCCCUCCACACCACAGUUUACACACUACAGGAAUUCCUCAUCCGGCUAUUGUCACACCCAGCGUCAAACAAGAGUCUUCCCAGAGUGACAUUGGCUCUCUAAAUAGUUCAAAACAUCAGGAUUCAAAAAAGGAGGAAGAGAAGAAGAAGCAGCCUCACAUAAAGAAACCUUUGAAUGCAUUUAUGUUGUAUAUGAAGGAAAUGCGAGCGAAAGUAGUAGCAGAGUGCACGUUGAAAGAAAGCGCAGCUAUCAAUCAAAUUCUUGGCCGGCGGUGGCAUGCUCUAUCUAGGGAAGAACAAGCAAAGUACUAUGAGCUGGCAAGAAAAGAACGGCAACUUCACAUGCAGUUGUACCCGGGCUGGUCAGCACGAGACAACUAUACUGGAAAUCAACAGGGGAAAAAGAAGAAGAGAAAAAGGGAUAAACAACCAGGAGAGACCAAUGAACACAGGGAAUAUUUUCCAAACCCUUGCCUUUCACUUCCUCCGAUUACAGAUGCAAAUACCCCAAAGAAGUGUCGUGCAUUGUUCGGGCUUGACCAACAGAGUUUAUGGUGCAAACCAUGCAGGAGAAAAAAAAAGUGCAUUCGCUACAUACAAGGUGAAGGCAGCUGCGCCAGUCCACCCUCUUCAGAUGGAAGCUUAUUAGAUUCUCCUCCUUCCUCUCCCUCUUUGAUAGCCUCCCCUUCAAAAGACUCAAAACCACAGACUGAACAAAUGCAACCUCUCUCACUGACUAUGAAACCCGAUCCUUUGGCUCACCUAACAAUGCCAUCACCGUUAGCUCUGUUGGAAAAUUCGGCUGGCAAAUCAGGCACCCAGAACGGGGCAUUGGAACACCAAGCUGUUACUUCCCAACAGUCUGGAUCUUCAUCGCUGGCAAGACCUUCUACGUCCUUGUUGCAUUCCCAUAAUCCUCUCUCUGGGACACAGCCCCAGCCUCUUUCGCUCGUAACCAAGUCUAUAGAAUAGCCCUGUUUAGCUUUAGUCUUUAUUGUCUUCGCCUUUUGUAAUUUUCCUUCUCUUGUUUUUUUUGUUUGUUUAAACUUUUGUGCCAUAUGGCUAUGAAUUAGUUUGUUUUAUCGAGUUCAUUGGUCAAUAUUUGACCCAUCAUUAUUUCAGAAACAAAAAAAAGAAUUGUAGAUUAUAAGCUUUGUGAUUUUGCCAAAAUUUUUAUCGACAACUGUUUGAGGUCUUUUUAGUGUUUAAAAAGAAAACAAUAAAAAAUGCAUAAUUGUUAUGUAGUUCCAAUAGAUAGAUACAUCUCAAAGACUGAUAUAAAAUAAUAAUAAGAAUCAAAAAACAAUAAAAAAAUAUUACGUUAGCCCUGUCCGAAGGAGUUGGUUCUUCUUUAUUAUUUGUAUUAAAUACGAGCUUGCGAACCAAUCAUUUUACAUCUGUUCAUAUCUUGAGGGCACAAUGAAUGCAGUGCCAUUUCUUCAAUUGUGCGGAACAACUUUUAUCGUGAUGUUAUUUGUUAUUGUUUAAAUGUACAGAAAUAUUUUUUUUGGGGGGGGGGGUACUGUGUUAAUAUGCAUUGUUCCAUGGCGUUGAUGUUUCUGUGGGAGUUGGGGUUGGGGGUUGAGGGUUGAGUUAACUGGGGGGGGGGGGGGGGGAACUGAGGUUUUAAUACAAAAGAAAAUCACAACGCUAUAGGACCAGUAGUAUUUAUUGCUUUAGAGAUUGCUUGUAUGUUGUCCCUUUUUAAAAUAUUUUCCUUUCUUAACACAUUGUAUAAAGAUUUUUUUUCGUAGUGUAAGCAACUUAUAUAUAUAAAAAAAUGAUUCAUUUGUACAAGGAUUUUUAAAAGUUUUAUUUUUUUCCAUUGUUUUCUUCUCAAAGAAAUCCAGUUGCCACCAAAAGAACAGUGUAGAUGCUUUUGAGGAAUAGUUAUGUGCACAACAUUACUUACAAAAAUAAAACUAUAAGCCAUUAUUCAAAAGAAACUUGAAUGCGUUAAGGGGAAAGUGUCUUCAAGAGUGGGGAAGAAAAGUCUGAAACCCUCCUUUUUUAAUACGCAGUCUUAUCUCUGCCAGACUGUAGAAUUAUGUACAGUUUUCCGUGCCAAACUUGUGAUAAUUUUCUUCUCCCCAAUUUUAUGCUGUAUUUUUUUUAACCAUAUUUUGCUGUGACGUUACAUAGAUUGCUAUGUAUGUAGUAUAAAUGUUGCUAUAACAGAUGUGUUUGGUAGCAGAUUGUCAAAUAAUCAAAAUGAACAAAAGACAGAGGUAUAAACCCACAUGGGCCAAAUUAUGUAUAUUAGGUUAUUCAUAAAAAAAGAUUAAAUACAAAACACACAAACUGCCACUUUUAAGUACACUACUACAUAUAGGUAGAUAGCAAAAAUAGGCAUGUUGAUGUUGCAAGAGGCUGUAAAAAGCUACAAGAAAAUCAUCCAUUCGGUGCCAUUGUAGUUGACAUGACGCGACUGUAACCUGUCUCGAUUUCUCUCUGGUUUACUAAGAUGCUAAUGAUGACAUUUUUUGUGAAUAGUUUGAAUGUUUCCUAACGGCUGUGAUGUUCCUGUUCUAUUUUAUGCUCUUAUUCCCUUUUUUCCCAUUUGUUUGUUUUCAUUUUUAAUGGUUUCAAGACCAUUUUUUGUAAUGAAUAAAUGUUUAUGCUGUACAGUAUCUGUAGCAUGCAGUUCUGGAUUAAUAAAAGCGAGUUAGUAUGUGCAGAUAA